CCCUCAUCGGCUCUGCUGUCAACCCCGAGGGCGUCGAGACCCAUCACCCUUGGAAGUCAUAGACUUCUGUACACUCGCUUCUGCACCACACUCUUUCAAAUUCCAAUUAAUAUGUAUCUCUCCACUUUAAUAGGCCUCGCGGCCGGACUCGCAUCCCACGCUGUCAACGCCGCUUGCAGUGCACCGCUUAAUAUUGAUGACUUCUCCAAGUACUCCUCCAACCAGAACAGCUUGGGUUCCUGGACGAGCGAUGAUAGUUCCAUGAGCACCAUCUCCGCCAACAAUGGCGUGCUCUCUUUCCAGCCCAAGUCAGGAUCCUACUUCUACGAGACGUUCACGUGCCAGGCUGCCUCCACCAAUGGAUACAACUCCAUCAGCUUCCAAAUGAAGGGCCCUGCCGGUGGCUCUGCCAUCUUGGAAAUCCAGACCAAGACAAGUUGCUCUGCUACCGCCUACACGUCCAAGUACGUCUCUAUUACUGGAUUGACUGGAAACACCCAAACCAUCAACAUUCCUCUUUCUCAAUUCUCCGGCGCAAACACCAAUGCCAUCACUGGCUUCGUCUGGUCUACCUUUUCUUCCACCACUACCACAUGGCAAAUGAGCAAGGUUGCUUUUGGAUGCGGCUCCUCUUCUGGAAGCCCAACUUCGGCCCCGACUACCAAGCCAACAACCAGCUCUACGUCGACCACCGCCCCUCCCGCUUCCACUGGUACCUGCUCCCCCUUGGUCAUCGAUGACUGGAUCUCCCAGUCUCGUCUCACCUUCUUGUUCUACAACGCCAUGGGCUCGCCCACCUCGGACGACGGAACCAUGACUUCCAUCACCGUUGGAAAGCCCGCUACCAACCGUGUCGAGUUUGUUCCCAAGGCCGACUCCUACUUUUACAGCCAGUUUCCUUGUGUCGAUGCGAAGACCAAGGGAUACAACGGCAUCUCCCUCCGCAUCAAGGCUCCUCGUGGCGCUACCCUCAACGUCCAGCUCGACUCCUCUGAUACCUGCGACCCAACCAAGGCCAAGUCGACGUACGCCUCCUCGAACGACCUUGGCUGGACUUUUGACGGCACCGAGAAGCUUUACACGAUUCCUUUCAGCAAGUUUUCGGGAUUGAACACGGCCAAGCUCACCACGAUCCUUUUCUCUGGCUUCUCCGGUACCACUUCCUUUGGUCCCAUGGCCUUUUACUGCGGAAACUCGGGAGAGUACGUUCCGCCGCCUCCCGCUUCUGACCCUGGUGCCAGUGCCACCGUGCCCGCACCUGCCAACCCUUCUGCCACCAACCUCGUGAUCGACAAGUUCGCCAACGCUAACAGCAACGCUCUGGGCAACUGGCACGGCGGUGACGAGGGCAUGACUCUCAAGUACGCGAGCAACAAGCUCACCAUCACCUCGCCUGAUGCUGACUAUGCCUUUUACACCCAGGUGUCCAGCGGAUGCUCCGACUUUACCAAGUACAAGGGCUCUUACCUCCACAUUGCGUACUCUGGUACCACUGAUUUCACAGUCGCCUUCCAGCAGCACAACAGCAAGUGUGACACCAGCAUUGCUCCUUACCCUGAGACAUGGGACUCUGCCGAGGCUGGACGCUAUGCCAAGAACGGCCACAUCUACAUUCCCAUCAACCACUUCAAGAUUGACCUCACCCGUGUUAUUGGCUUUGCGCUCAAGGGUUUCCACACCAAGGACUCGGUCACUCUCUCCGUCAUUGAGAUUGUUUCCUCCGUUCCAUCCGGUGUCACGAUCCCCAAGAAGGACGAGACGGGUAACCUCAUCUUUGCCUGCAAGCGCCCCAACUCCUUCGCCUUUGCCAUUGACGACGGCCAGCCCAGCCUCGCUCAAGAAGUCCUCAAGAUUAUCCGCGAGGAAAACGUCAAGGUCACCUUCUUCACUGUUGGCGCUCCCCUUCUCGACGCCUCGACUAACUUGACCAACGUCUACAAGGAGAUGAUGGCCGCCGGCCACCAGCUUGCUCUGCACUCCUUCACGCACCCCAAGAUGGAGGGUCUUCCCGACUACACAUCCAUCGACUGGGAGUACAACGAAGACGUCAAGGCCAUGAAGUCGCAAUUCAACGGCUACACCUCCAAGUACUUCCGGCCUCCCUUUGGCAACGAAGGCGCCCGCAUGCGCUCGCGCCUGACAAAGGCCGUCGGCAACGACGCCAACAUUGUCAACUGGAGCGUCGACGUCGAGGACUGGCUCUGGGCCGAAACCAACACCCCCGAGCAGCAAAAAGUCGCUUUCCAGCGCGACGUCGACAAGGGCGGUAACCUCGUCGUCUUGCACUACCUCUACCCCAGCACCGUCAGCUACCUCCGCGAAUUCAUCCAGAUCGCUAAGAAGACUGGAAAGCAGCUUAUGCGUGUCGACCAGUGCAUGAUGGAUCCUAAUGCGCCUCCGUUGUAAAUUCUAGCCUUCUUUCCUGCUCAUCAUCUGCUUUUUUGUAUACUCAGUGUAGAUGUUUUCAAGUUGUGAAAGAUGGUGGCACGCGAGAGAUACCAUGUGUUGUUGUUGUUGUUGUUGUUGUUGUUGUUGUUGUUGUUGAUGUUUGUUUGUUAAUGUGCGUACAUACAAAAAAAUCUUUCCUUGUAGAUAUUGCAUGUAGUAGUAGGUAUGAAUGUGCGAUUGAUAAUGAGUCGCGAAAGU